AUGUCUAUUGUUUUACCAUCAGGUACCACCGACGGUUUCAAAGCCACCGGUAAAUACUCCGCUCCAGUUCGUCGUCCAAUUGAACCAGUUGGUCGUUAUUUCUUAGCUCAUGCUUCUAGAACUUUACGUGGACAUACUUGGUCUGAAUUUGAAAAAUUAGAAGCUGAAAAAAAUGUUAAACAAAUUGAAGUUAAUGAAGAUGAAGAUUUAGGAGAUGAAGAACAAAGUGCUGAAUUAUUAGAACAUGAUCCAAGAGAAUGGAAAACUGCUAAUUUAUAUGCUGUUUUAGGUUUAUCUCAUUUAAGAAGUAAAGCUACAGAAGAUCAAAUUAGAAGAGCUCAUAGAAAACAAGUUUUAAAACAUCAUCCUGAUAAGAAAUCCGCUAGUGGUGGUUUAGAAAAUGAUGGUUUCUUCAAAAUUAUUCAAAAAGCUUUUGAAGUUAUGUUGGAUCCAGUUAAAAGAAGACAAUAUGAUUCUGUUGAUGUUGAAAAUGAUCCACAACCACCAGCUCCAAAAUCUAAAUAUGAUUUCUUUGAAGCUUGGGGUCCUGUUUUUGAAAGUGAAUCUAGAUUCUCUACUAAACAACCAGUUCCAUUAUUAGGUACUUUAGAAAGUACUAAAGAAGAAGUUGAUGCUUUCUAUCAUUUCUGGGGUAGAUUUGAUUCUUGGAAAACUUUUGAAUUUAAAGAUGAAGAUGUUCCAGAUGAUACUGCUAAUAGAGAUCAUAAACGUUAUAUUGAACGUAAAAACGUUGCUAACAGAAAGAAAUUGAAGCAAGAAGAUAACAAGAGAAUUAUUGAGAUUGUUGAAAGAGCUCAUGCUGAAGAUCCAAGAAUUAAAUUAUUUAAAGAUCAAGCUAAGAAAGAAAAAGCCGCUAAGAAAUGGGAAAAAGAAGCUGGUUCUAGAAAAGCCGCUGAAGAAGCUGCUGCUAAGAAAGCUGCUGAAGAAGAAGCCGCCAAAAAAGCUGCUGAAGAAGCUGCUGCUGCUAAAGCUGGAUCUAAGAAAGCUAAAGAAGCUGCUAAAGCCGCUAAAAAGAAGAAUAAGAGAGCUAUUAGAGGUGCUGCUAAAGACAAUGAUCAUUUCGGUGAUGCUGCUAAAGCUACUGAAAUUGAUGCUGAUAUCGAUUUAUUACUUGAAAAAUUCGAUGAUGUUAAAUUGGGUGAAGUUGCUGGUAAAGUUAAAGAUGCUGAUGCUGCUUCUGCUAAAGCUGCUAUAACUGAAGCUGCUAAAGAAUUGAUUGCUGCUGGUUCUUUGGAUGCUUCUUAUUUGAAAUACUUUAACUAA